AUGGAAGCUUUCGAAGCAUCUCCUGUUUCUGAAGCUGUUAUUAGCUGCAAAGGACGCUUGAAAUGCGAAUACCCGGGUCCUGCGACGGUAAUACCGUGGGGAGUAGCUAAAGAUCCCGCCUUUUUGAGAGAACUUGGUAGUUUUCUACAUCACAUGGACGUUCAGCAACUUGACACUCUCUCCAAAUCUCAGAAAGGGGAAAAUAAUCUCUCAAAAACAAGAGAUACCGCUAAUCCACGGUAUAUCAUUGAGCUUUUUACCGGGAUGAUGCGUGGGAUCGGGAGGGAGUACGACCCACAUAGGAUAUCGAAAAGUUUGCGCGAUGAGGUAAAUUGGGACUCUGGCCUGAACCCUUGGAGAAGAAGUGGGUUGUGGCUGGUUGUCCGAGUAGCUUUACAAAUCGCCUUAGACCACGAUGAGUACAAAUGCUUCUUAUUAGAAACCGUUCGUGUCGUCCUCGAUCAAGCUAGUCGGCUCAAAAUUGAUAGCUAUUCUCUAUCUUGUACUAGCCGCAAACUGGCUCGCCGGGCUUCCAAGAUUGGAGAGGCAAAACUCCCUCGAUCUCUUCUUGAAAGAACUUUGGACACAGCGGAAAAAGCGUUCGGCAUACUCUCAGGUCGUUGGCAGACUGAAAUCUCGGAUUCGAAACGGAUGGCCGAAUGGAAUGUUGAUUUAAACACUCCCGAAAAUGUUGCAAGUAAUAGUUGUCUUCGCUUGCAAAAUGCGUCUUCCUGGAUAAACGAGCGAAUAAAGGAAUACCAAAGGCCCGUCGGGGUCAUACUUGUGGUCAAAGACCCGCAAGAAGAGCAGCGUCACAUCGCUUCGGACUCUCCUCCAAGAUUAUCGGAGGGAACGGAGAUUGAGAUGGCGAUUAGUUUGAUAGAUUUCGAGAAUUGGAUAAGAGAAAAUCUCGAAGAUUGGUGCUCUGUUGUGCAUGCUAACGAUCAAGCGGACGUCAUCAAUUUUCUGUCCACCAAUAUCGAGCAGUAUCACGUGAAAGCAUCUCAGGCAUAUGCUAACCACAACAUUCUCGAUACUUCAAGGAUGAUUCUUACAAUCAUGGAAAUGUGGGUGCAGCUUGACAAAAUCAUCUGUCAGAAGGAGCCAUUGCUGCUUUACUAUUCACCCGAACUUCCAAGCAAGUUGCUUGAGCCGACCCUCUUUAUUCUAAAAGAAGACAUGGAACGGAUUUUGAGGGUUGAGGGUCAUCUUCGAUGGCGGCAUUCAACUGCAAAAGAAUCGAAUCGGUCCCCGCUUUUUAGCAGAGAGAUAUCUUCGACGAGCUUUGCAGCCCAUUACUAUGAUCAAUCAGUUCAUCUGCAAACCGUGAAGUCGGAGAUUAUUCGCAAGGCUGAAGUCGCUAGAGAGAAGAAGAGGAGAGAGCUCGAGCAACUGAAGGUGCAGCAUAAGAAACUCAGGGAGAAUGCUCAACAGCUGUCUUGCGACUACAGGAUAAACAAGGAGGGCCUUUCUUACCAUUGGAAACUUUGCCACAAAUGUAGCCUGGAGAAUGAAGCAGCGAAUAUGAGGAUUAAAGUUGAAGAAUGGCCCCUUCCAGUGAACGAAAAUGAAAUCAAGAUGGUAGUUUUUGAGUUGCAGCCGCCGGGGGACUUUGUAACCUGGAGGGAUGUAACAUAUUACAUCAUGCUGGAUGUCUGCGCUUGUGCCACCAACGAGUUGCCUGCAACCGAGUUUUACAAUUUUAAUAACUGGGAUAUACUCGCUUCUGCUAAAUCACACUCACGUGGUCGAAUUACAUGGGCAUCCGAGAAAAUGCCGAUCAGCCGGUCACAUUAUUCCGAAAUCAAAAUCCCCGAAGACGAAGACGAAGUGCUGUUGAAACAUGCUGGCCGCUACCGACCCUUGGAUACUAGGAAGAAUGAGUGGAUCAAAUCUCGCCAUAAAACUUGUGGCAUUGCCAAAUUAUGUAAAUCAGACUUGUCAAACACUUCUUAUGAAGCUUUAUCAUACGCGGUCAAUCAAACCACCCACACCCACAACAAGGUAAUUGCUGAGCAGCACAAGUGCCCAACAUCUUUGACACUUCACGAAUACGAAGCGUUCGCUUCUCUUCGAUCAGGCGAACGUAUCCAGUGGCACAAUAUUCUUACCGAGCUCUUAAAAAAUGAUCUAACUUUUAAAGAUGAAUCAGUAUUUACGCUCGUAUUGCACGCAGCAUGCCAAGCUGAGGUGGCCAGCGACAGUUUCGACUGGAGGAGAGACUCUCAUCUUCCGCUCUCCGAGGAGGAGUUUUCACGGGAACUUCUGAAAUCCUUGCACCGGGCAUUGACCAUACUCAAAGACAACUGGGACCAGGCGAAUACACUGAAGCUCCUCAUUUUGCUCGCACGUCGCUUAGUGACUGCAGGUCAUUAUAGCAUAAAGCUAGAUGCUAUUGGCUUCCUGAAGGAAGCACGAAAGCUUUGUAACCCAUGGAUCGAAAGCAUCCAGUCAAAACUCGAAGUCGCAUUUGAGCCCGAAUUGGUUAAAAGCCUCCGUUAUUGGUUACUCAUGGUCUCAGGAAUACAAUGCAGUACAUUUGACAUCGAUCGGGAUCUCCUCCCUUACAUAUUUAACCUCCCUGAGGACAUCGUUCAGUUCCUUGUCUGUCAGAUCAAUAUUGACAAUAACUGUUUAGGAAUUCUUUCCAAGCUACCAAAUGAUUUGAGGUUUUUGUUGGGGGCCAACCGGCGGUUUGCGGUAGCUGCCGAAAGCUAUACUCACGAAUGUAUCCGUCAAGAUCCCAGUAUUUUAUUCAGCGUUCUUUUGGCUGUUCUCCCCACCCAGAAGCUAGCGGGGACGUGGUACCAGCUCGAUCGACCGGCUGACCGUUGGUGGAAGUUGAGCUCAGAUGUAUGCGACGGCUCUGAGACCACGGUGGUCCACUUGAACAUCCUACAGGGAAAGUUGCUCGUCAACGGGAAGCCCAAUGGCAGGCUACCAGAGGAUUAUUUCACACACGAGAGCUAUGUUAAAUUAUUCGGAAAUCGGAUGUUUGAUGUUUUUCCAUCCCAAAUACCAAAUAUGUCCUAUCAAACGAAGAACACCUUUCACGGGGCAACUUUACAUUUUCACUUGGAAGGCCGGCAUCUGGUUAUUCGAAAGCAAAAUGGGGACGACCACGAAUUCAUACCCGGCGAAAGAUUCAUGGGCGAGAUACCAAGUCCGCUAGUCCGGCGUGGGAGCCAGUGGCUAGACCUCAAACGAGAGGAGGUGAUAUUCUACCAGUCAGAUUUUUGGUGGAUAGAAACCCCGUCAGCGGGCGACUGGGUUCUGAGUAAGAAAUGUGGCUUGUGGGCUAUGGAAAGAGGCUUCGAUAAGCUCCUUUAUAUCGAUGGAAACAUUCAUGCCACAGCACAUAAAGUUUUGCAGCCUAUCGAAGUCCAUGACUACCUCGUCGUAACGAUUAACCAAGAUAUGAGGAUUAAUAUAGACCUACCCAGGUAUAAGCUUAAGUUCUUUCUGAACGAAUCAAACCUUUUCGAAUGUGAGAGCCUCAAAGGCUGGGUUAUCGACCGGUGCCAGGAUCUCGGGACUUUCAUCGGGCUAAAGAACUUUCUCAAACUCAGGAGCAGCAAUAACCACUUGGAUAAAGAGUGUGCUAUAGUUCCACUUGGCUCCAUCGAGCCAGGAAUGUCUGAGACCGGUAAUCACUGUGUCAUUAAGAUAACCCAUAUCGAAGAGGAGCGGAAGUACACAAUCUACCAUAUUGAUAGGUUCCUAGGUCAAGUUCGGGAUGAUGGGACGCUCAGGGCACGAUACACUCGGAUUUAUCUUCAUGCUUUGACAAGCGGGAUCAUCGAUGAUCCUCUCACCGGGCGCACAGGGGUUGGAGAAUCCCUAGGCCUGCUAAAGAACGCAGCUUCCUUCUGUUUUCAAGAACUUCAUGGUGAUGAAGCUUGCAUUUUAAAUAAUAUUGCUAGCUUGACACCGUCACGACACUUCUAUCCUGCACAUUUACAGAAAAUGCAAACGGUCGGUUGGAAAGGACAAAUACCGACCUGGAUACAGCAUGACGAGUUUUAUGCGGCGGUUCGAGACAUAUUCGAUGACUGGAGUCGUCGUCAGUUUCUGGUCGAGGGGUCAAAGGGGUAUGAUGUUGUGGAAUUGGGAUCAAAAGAUUUAAUAGAGCGAGGACGGAAUAUCGGCAGUAUUUUUAGCCCUGGGGACCCGCGUGCGCCCUACCGACAUUCAAUGGCAACUCCACAUUAUCUAAGAAACAUGGUGGGGGAUGGGGAAGCUUGCACCCAGGAUAUUGCCAAAGCGUCGUUUGAAUGGCAAGAAAAGCAAGACCUGGAUACAAGCUUCGAUUUGCUUCUCAUGAAGAAACCCAUGUUGAACGGGUUCUUACCAGAUUUAGCUUCUGAGUAUUCCCCAGCCUGGGCCGGGAAAGCACCAUCUGAUCUGUGGUGUACUCUUUACGAGCUCUGUCGGCAGGCGACAAAGGAAGAUAGAUUUGGAUUGUUGUUUGUGUUCAGUUCAAUUGUGUACGAUGACCCGGCCAACCGAAGAUUCCUGAAGUCCCUGCUAGCAGUGGCGGCCAAUAAUGUCUUCAGCGACCUCCCAAUUCCGCCAUACCACUCUUUCGAGCCGGGCAUAGGCACCAAACCUGACAUACAGGAUAUCAAAGAUUUUCUUAAAUCAGCGUCAACAUUAUUUGAGCGAUCCCAAUACUACGGUUGGUCACAGCAAUCACACGAAACAGACGCAGAAUGGUACAAAAGACGAUAUUCUACCUAUGAAAACGAUGUCAGGCAUCAGGUCGAACAUGCUUCCCAGAAGAUUCUCGGCCAAUGGCCGAACUCAAGCGUUACGUGUCCUCCUUGUGGCGAUUAUCCCCUUCUCAAUCUAUCAUUAGCGAUGGAUGAUAUCAGAGGCAGAUUUCAAACCUGUUUCAGGAACUCGGAGUUGUCGUCCCACCUAACCAUGGUCAUCGCAAGGCUACAACACUUGAAAGGCGAUGCAGCUGUGCUGAAGCCGUUCGGUUGUUCUUCCACGAUCCACCUUCAAAACCUUGCAUAUGAGCCACCACAGUUACAGGACUGUGUUCCCACUUUGAGGGAAUUGUUGAAAAAAAGACUACUUCCUGAAGAUCUGGAGAUGGAAACAACAAGGCCGUAUUCUCUCGUUCAUGAGGAGGUAGAAAUGGAAGACAACUCGAGUAUCCGACAACUUGUUUCGCUAGCCCAAUAUCUUAAAAACUCAGACCAAAAUAUUGCAAAACAGUAUGUCGACGACUUAUUACAAAGCAUAAAGGGUCUGAGAAAUUCCGGACCAACUCAGAGUUUUAAAGAGAUUCCAAUUGCAUUACCAGUAUUACAAAGACACCGGCGACUGGCAGCCGCAAAUGUCCAAACACUAAUGUCCGAUAUAUCCCAUAUCCUAUCUCCCGAGACAAAAUUACAAGAGCUUCAAAAAAAAAGCGGGCUUUGGCCUCAUAUCACCAAACUGCAGCUACUCCGGAGACUACGGCUGGUGGAACGCUGCGAGGUUCCUCGCGAAUGGGUAAGAGCUAUCAUCGCUCUAGGAGAGGCUAUAACAUGGGAUCAAAGAGCAAGUCGUGUUGUGGACUUAGCAUGCAAAGGUUUUGUUCAGGAGUUCGAGAGGGAGAUACGGAACGUAGGGCGUCAAAAUUGGAACGCGGAAGAAUACAUCGAUUGGCUUUUGUUGGAGCUCGACUCGGAGAUACUUAUACGACCCGUUCAAGCGAGUAUCGGCUUUAAUAUGAUGGAAGACAGUAAAAUGAGCAAUGCGGUAAUGCAGCUAAGCAUGGGCGAAGGAAAGUCUGCUGUAAUCGUGCCCGCGGUGUCUGCUGCCCUCGCCGAUACAAAAAGACUUGUGAGAUCAAUCGUGCUGAACACAUUAUCGACCCAGAUGUUCCAAAUUCUGGUACAGAGGCUCAGUGGUCUCUGCGAUAGACGGGUCUAUUUCUUACCAUUUCGGCGAAAUGUGGAGCUUUCCAAGGACAAGAUUGAGACGAUUAGGAAAAUUUAUGAAGACUGCAUGAAAUCCGGAGCUAUCGUUCUAAACAUUCCAGAGCAUAUAUUGUCGUUCAAGCUGAUGGGAAUUGAAAAAGCAUUGCGGAAACAACAGGAAAUAUCGGAGCCACUAAUGGCUUGUCAAGAAUGGCUUUCAAAAAAUACCCGGGAUAUUCUAGAUGAAAGCGACGAAAUCCUUCACAUAAGAUAUCAAUUAGUGUAUACGAUAGGAGAUCAACUGCCCCUGGAAGGGGGCAAAGAUAGGUGGGUUGUUAUACAAGAACUACUCGACCUUGUCCAGGAGAAAGCAAUUGAAUUCUCAGCACGACAUCCCAUGGGCCUCGAGGUCGGACCUGCAAAAGAUGUGAGAUACCGCUCGAUCCGAGUUAUCGACGCAGCUAUCGGAGGUCACAUGCUCCAAGAUGUUGCCUUGGACAUAUGUGCGAACGGUGGGAACAAGGUUCCAAGCAUCUCCUCCAAACUUAGAUUUCUUCACCCGAAGGAAAAGGAGUUAGCUUUAAAAUUUAUCUCCGUCAAAGAUAUCUCAAUAGAGGAACAGAAUGCCUUAUUUGAAGUUUGCGAAAGUCUCAAAAAUCCGCUUCUUAUUCUCCGCGGGUUGAUUGCACACGGCGUUCUUCACUUCAUUCUUCGCGACAAACGUUACAGGGUUGAUUAUGGCUUAGAUCGAGAACGUUCCGGUCUCGCUGUUCCAUAUAGAGCAAAAGAUCGGCCCGCGGCUAAGGCUGAGUUUGGCCAUCCAGAAGUAGUACUAACUUUAACAUGCCUUACUUAUUACUACGGUGGCCUACGGAACGAAGAUCUCCAGGCUUGUUUUGAUCUCCUAGAUAAAACGGACAACCCCGACUUGACUUAUGAGCAUUGGAUUAAGUGUUAUUCGGAUGUCCCUCCCAAUCUUUCGAAAUUAAGAGGUAUCAAUUUUCUAGAUAAAGAACAAGUCGAAGGCGAGGUGUUCCCGUUCUUCCGAUAUAAUAAAUGUGUGGUCGACUUCUUUCUUUCGGAAAUCAUAUUCCCUCGAGAAGCUAAGGGCUUUUCGCACAAACUUUCGACAAACGCAUGGGAUUUAGCAGAGCAGAAAAACCACAAUACAACUGGAUUUAGCGGUACAAAUGACAACAAAUACCUUCUGCCAACAAAUAUUCAUGAGUCAAAUCAUCCGCAGCAGAUCCACACGAGUUCAUUAGUACUCAGGAACAUUUUACUGAAGGAGAACGAUACUGUCAUUAAGGCUCAUAAGAGCAACAUACGAUUGGAAGCGAGUGAUAUCCUCGUUCUGGUUACCGGCCUCGCACCGAAAGUACAGGUUCUACUUGACGUCGGUGCUCAGUUACUAGAACUCGAUAACCAUGAGGUUGCCAGAACUUGGCUUGGAAUUGAUACAUCGAGCGAAGUCCGAGGAGUGGUUUUCUUCGGGCAGAAUGAUCAAUUGCUAGUUAUGAAGAGGGAUGGGAUAAUUGAGCUGCUUGUGUCUUCUGAAUUAUCCGAGCAACUCGAUUCUGUGCUGGUAUUCCUGGAUGAAGCCCACACCCGUGGCGUCGACCUAAGACUUCCAAUCGGCUUUAGAGCUGCUGUUACACUUGGCCCUAACCUCGUUAAGGACAAGCUCGUUCAGGGGUGUAUGAGAAUGCGUAAACUGGGAAAUGGUCACUCCCUCGUUUUUUUGGCGUCUCCGGACAUCUACACAUCUGUUCAAAAGUCGGCAAAGAAGCAAACAAAUGAGUCUAUCAACACAUUCGAUGUUCUUCUUUGGACCAUGUUCGAAAGUUGCCGACAGCUACAACAUGGUUUUUCUAUCUGGGCUGACCAAGGAUUUCGGUAUCUCGCGAGAAAGGUUGGGUGGGAAAAUUUUCAACAAAGGGGACACACAGACCAGCCGAAAGAGAUAGCAAUGGAGAUAGAAACACGGCCACUUGUAGACAUGUACGGGAUCGGUAGCCGGGUAGAGCAGUUUUCCUCGGUUGUUAUUCCUUCUGAUAACUCAAAGGCGAUUUUCCAACGCCUGGAUCAAUUUGGUAUCAGCCCAUCACAAAAUGUUUCGGUCCAAGAGGAGCAAGAACGAGAGAUAGAACAGGAACAGGAGAAAGAAAUGAACAUCGAACGCCCAGAGCCAGCGAUGCCCAGAAAUCAUUUUCUCCACCCGGAUAUCGUUUCUUUAGCCACAUUCGGAAUCUUCAAUAAAACCUCGGAUGCCUUCUCCCUCGCUUACAAUCAGUAUGAGGAAACAUCCGCUCGAUAUCUCCUGGAGCGCGAAGCUUGGACGCCAAACCUAUACGCCACUGUGGAUUUCAUGAAAACGGUAGAACUAGGGCACUCAAGCAGCAUGGACGACUACUUGCGCCCAGUCAAAUGGAUUCUAUUGACUCGAGAUCGUUCAAAUCACAUUCUACUAAGCCCAUAUGAGGCGAAUCAACUUGUUCCGGUGAUCAGAAGGACUAAAGCUUGCAGCUUGCAUUGCUAUGCGCCCAGGGUAGCCAAGUCUAUGCCCACUCUCGAGUUUUUGGAUUCCUGUUCUAUACCGAGUUUGCCCAAACCCCCUCUAUACAGUAGACCAAGUUUGGCCAUCCGUAUAGCUCUCAAUGCUUUUUCCGGGCAACUAUUUUUCGAAAAUGAGCAAUACUAUGUGGAGUUUUGUAGACAUCUCAGCAUAUAUUACGGGGAAACUAAUAGUAACCUAGAACGAAAUAUUGAUGGUUGGGUUAGCCAGAAGACAUACAAGGCUCUUAACCCUGAGAGGGAGUAUAGCUCAAUAUCCAAAUUCUCGAAAAGCCCACUACCUUUUCUGAGAGAGAUUGUCAAGAUGAGAAGGAAGGGUCAGGGAUUUUCCUUAACACAUCUCGGUAGCGUCUUGAAUGUACAGGUGCUUGGGACAAAUGAUUUCUGA